GUAUCCAGUUGAGCAGCAGUGGAUGGAAAGGGUAGACGGCACGUUUUGGGUCGAAGCAUCUGGAACAAAAAUUUAAAAAAAGUUGAAGAAAAAAUGAAUGCUCUAAAAAAAGAUGUUUUUCCAGCCGUUUUUGAGAAGUUUUCGGGCUAGUUAGGAACUAUGAAACCUACCUUUAAAGCUGCUUUCAGUAUAAGUUUCUUCGCCUUAACUUUUUUGAUGACUUUUCUCGCUGUUGUGUUUCGGAUUCUGAAAGUUUUUCAUCUUUUUUUUUCUUUUUUUCAAGUUAUCGUUUUUUAGUUACACGUUUAUCGAAGAAACCUCAUAUUGGAUUUAAAAUAAACCAAAUUGCAUUUUAAUGCAAUAAAAAAUGAGCGUACAAAAAUAACAAUAUUUUUCGUUUAUCUAUAUUCCAAAUUUUUGUAAAAGCUGUCCAAAAAUCUGCUUUUAAAACAAAAAAUAAAAUAACAAAACGUUUUGUUGGAACCACUCCCCAUUCUUUUUCUGCGUGUAGUAAAAAGAAAUGAACAUACACUGUAAAUUUUUGCCUCGAUUUCCAGCAAAAAAAAUUGCUGGAAACGUUCAGCAAUCCAAAUUUUUGCUGGAAACCAGCAAUCGAUUUUCAAACUGCUGGAUUUUCCAGCAUUCGGUUAUGUGCUUGUCAUUUUUGCUGAAAAAUCAGCAAUCGGUUUUCAAAUUGCUGGACUUUCCAGCAAUUGAUCUAGUUUGCUGGAAAAUCAGCAAUCGAGUUGUCAAUUUGGAGUUUGUUUUUGUUUCGUACGCUGAACAACCAGGCAUCAAGUCAAGGGUGGCGGAUGAUCAACACUGCGACACAAAGCGGCCACCCCAGAGCCGGUUUUAGAAAAUUGUAAAAAAAAAGUUUUUUUUUAAAUAAAUAAAUCCCUUAUUGAAAAUGGGAGAAAAUAAUUGUUUUUAUUGCUUAUUAUAUGCAC